AAAGAAUUAAUUAAUUCUUAGUCUACGCCUACGAGUUGUUGGUUAAACAUCGACUCAAAUCUUUAUGUUUAUAACAAAAUAUACAAGUAAAAAAUAGUAAUUGCAGUAAUAAGUUAUUUUCAAUGGCUAACCACGAUGAAGAUUUUUACUAUGACGUUGCUAUGAAACUGACCCUUGAAGCAGGACAUGUAUUAAAAGGCGCGACAUUUGCUAGAAAAACGGUGACAGAAAAACUAGGCGACUGGGAUCUUGUGACUGAAUAUGAUCGUAAAAUUGAAGACAUCAUUGUAGGAAAAUUGAGGCAACAAUUUCCAGAUCAUAAAUUCAUUGGCGAAGAAUCGACAGGUAAAAAUUUACCAGAGUUAACAGACGAUCCUACAUGGAUAAUUGAUCCGAUAGACGGUACAACGAAUUUCAUUCACAAUUUUCCACAAAUUUGUGUCGUCAUUGGGCUGUCGAUUAAUAAAGAAAUGAGAAUUGGUAUCGUUUAUAAUCCAGUUCUUGAACAAUUAUUUGCUGCAAGAAAAGGAAGAGGUUCCUUUCUCAAUGGACGUCCAUUAAAAACGUCAACUGUUGAUGACAUUUCAAAAGCACUUAUUGCCAUUGAACCAGAAUUUAUGAAAGUUGAUGACUUAAAAGAGAAAAUGAUUGAGAGAAUAAAAAUACUUGGGACUAAAACUCACGGAAUAAGGACAAUUGGUAGUGCAGCGAUAACUCUGUGUCAUAUAGCACUAGGAGCUAUCGAAGGUUAUCAGAUAGAAGGACCAGGUAUUUCGACUUGGGAUAUUGCAGCAGCUUCUUUAAUCAUCACCGAAGCUGGAGGUGUUGUUAUUGAUCGCGUGACCGGAAAUGAUGUCAAUAUAAUGAACCCACGUGCUAUUGGCGCUUGUAAUAUUAAAAUAGCCCAAGAUUUGAAAAAAAUGAUCAACGAUGCUGAUCUUCAAGUUCAACUCCAAAAAAAUUAGUUAUUCUUAUGAUUUAAACUUCAAUAAAAAAAUUAAAAUAC